ACAAAAAUCCGAAAUACUCGACUCGAACCCGAACGGCCACCCCUAAUGUUGAGCAUGUUAGUACUAGUAAUAAUAUUAUUAUUUUAAAUUUUUAAGCUAAGCCAACAAUAAGUCAUACCAAUUGGUCAAGAAGUAUUUAUUAUGCUCAAUCUUGGUUAAAAAAGGAGAGAGGAGAAUGUUUAAAUGGUUGAUGGAGUUAGUUGUAUACUUUUGGGGCAUUAAGUUGAGAAUAAUUUGCUCCUUCGGAAAAGUUUACUGGACUUUGUAAUCUCACACAUCAUAUCCUUGACAUUAAUAUGACAAAAUGGGGAAAUCUGGUUAAGUCAAACCAGUGCUUUAGUCCGGUUCAUUUUUCUAUAUACAUGUUGCAUUAGUGUUAAUUACGUGCACGUGAGCACAAGGUAGAAUAAGAAGAAGAAAAGAAACAGUCAACAUAGUUGCCCGCCUAACGUUUAAUUAACCCCUUCGAAGCCAUUUUAAGCAAAGUUUUGAAUAUAUAGCUCUCACAAAUAUUGUAGAACUUAUCGAAAAGCUAACCAAAGAAAGAAAGUUGCAGAGAGUUAUGGCAAAAAUUGAUGAUUUUGCGCCAUUUCCAGUUAAAGAUCAGCUUCCCGGAGUUGAAUAUUGUGUAUCCAGCUCUCCGAAUUGGCCUGAAGGAAUAGUUCAAGGGUUUCAACAUUACAUUGUAAUGCUAGGAACUACUGUAAUAAUACCUUCCAUACUCGUUCCUCUCAUGGGUGGUGGUGAUGUGCAGAAAGCGGAAGUGAUAAACACAGUACUGUUCGUGUCGGGAAUAAACACGCUCCUGCAGAGUUUAUUCGGAAGUAGACUUCCUGUCGUCAUUGGAGCUUCUUAUGCUUACGUCAUCCCUGCUCUUUACAUAACUUUCUCUUACCGAUUCACUUACUAUCUUCAUCCUCACGUGAGAUUUGAGGAGACAAUGAGAGCAAUUCAAGGAGCUCUAAUCAUUGCUUCUAUAAGUCACAUGGUAAUGGGUUUCUUUGGCUUGUGGAGAAUCUUGGUCAGGUUUCUCACCCCUCUCUCAGCAGCUCCCCUCGUGAUUCUCACCGGAGUAGGCCUUGUCGUCCUUGCGUUUCCUCAGCUUGCAAGAUGUGUAGAGAUUGGACUCCCAGCGUUGAUCAUACUCAUAAUUUUAUCUCAGUAUCUUCCCCACUUGUUCAAGUGUAAGAGAUCAAUAUGCGAGCAGUUUGCUGUUCUGUUCACAGUAGCGAUCGUAUGGGCUUACGCAGAGAUUCUAACAGCAGCAGGAGCUUACAAUAAAAGACCUGACAGUACACAGCUCAGUUGUCGAACAGACCGGUCCGGUCUCAUUAGUGCUUCCCCAUGGGUGAGAAUUCCAUAUCCGUUGCAGUGGGGACGCCCAAGCUUUCAUGCAAGCGAUGCAUUCGCAAUGAUAGCUGCUUCUUACGUGGCUAUUGUCGAGACGACAGGUUCACUCAUCGCUGCUUCAAGAUUUGGUAGUGCGACCCAUAUACCUCCCUCGGUGCUUAGCCGUGGCAUCGGAUGGCAGGGCAUAGGCGUUUUGCUGAAUGGACUGUUUGGAACUGCAACCGGUGCAACAGCUUUGGUUGAAAAUACAGGGCUGCUUGGACUAACAAAGGUUGGGAGCAGAAGAGUGGUUCAGAUAUCUGCUGGUUUCAUGAUCUUCUUCUCCAUUUUUGGCAAGUUUGGGGCUGUUCUUGCAUCGAUACCUUUACCGAUAUUUGCAGCAUUGUACUGUGUUCUAUUCGCCUAUGUUGCUUCUGCAGGACUUGGCCUUCUUCAGUUCUGCAACUUAAACAGCUUCAGGACUAAAUUCAUCCUCGGCUUCUCCAUUUUCAUUGGUCUCUCUGUCGCACAAUACUUCACUGAAUAUCUAUUUAUCUCUGGUCGUGGACCCGUUCACACACGCACUUCUGCUGUAAGUGUGUUACAUCAUCACUUUAUGUUUGUUUGUGUCUUGAGUGUAAUGAUUCGUUUGUCAUGGACGCAGUUCAAUGUGAUCAUGCAAGUGAUAUUCUCUUCGGCUGCAACGGUUGGGAUAAUGGCGGCGUUCUUGCUGGACUGUACUCAUAGCUAUGGACACGCCUCAGUGAGGAGGGACAGUGGAAGACAUUGGUGGGAGAAGUUCAGAGUCUACUACACUGACACUCGAACUGAAGAGUUCUACGCAUUGCCUUAUAACCUCAACCGAUUCUUCCCUUCUUUCUAAGACUGAGACUCAGUUUUUUUCAGUGUGUGAAACCUGUAUCUAGCGAGAGAGAUCUAUGUACCACAAAACAAGAUCCCAACUAGAAAACUUUUGUAUGUUUCUUUUAUCUUGUGUUUGCUUAGAGAUUGUAACAGCUACAUAUUCCAGAGUGACUAGGCAAAUUGAGAUUCAAACUCUUUUCUUUUCG